AUGGAAAGAAUAGACGAAACCUUUUAGAUAGGCAAAUUAAGUAAAAGAAAAAUACUUGCAGGAUAGUGCGACAUAAUUCAUUAAAAUUAAAAUUAAUCUCAACUAAAAGAACCACCAAGAAGAGAAAGCAGAGGAGGUGCAAUGAUGAAUAAUGAUGGUACUUCAAUAGUGAAUGACAAUUAGGAUUAUUAAAAUAACCAUAGAGAAAGAGGGGGUGAGCAUAGAGGAAGAGGAAAUGAUAACCACCGUGGUGUUCAAGGUGGAUAUAGAUAUAACUAAGAAGAUGGAGUAAAUGAUACUAUCUAGGAGAAUGAUUAAAUAAGAGGAGGCAGUAGCUAUUAAGGCAGAGGUGGCAGAGAUAAUCAUAAUCGAGGAGGAAAUUAUAUAGGUAGAGGUGGCAAUGGUACCUUUUCAAUAAAAGCCUAUAAUGUUGAGACAACUAGCAAUAACUAGAGAAGAGACAAAUGUAAUAAUGGUAAAAAUUGUAGGCAUUUUGCACAAGGUAACUGCAGAUUCUUUCAUUCACCCUCUCAUUUCUAAGUAAAGUAUAAUUCAGAUGCACAAAGUACUAGAGUAGAUGUCUUAAAUUUGAAUUAAUAAAAGAAUUAAAUACUCCAGGUUAUCCUUUACAGAAUCCAAUGCCUUCUCAAAUUAAUCCUAGGUAGGCUCCUUAAUGGAGACCUGCUUAAUGAGAAGAGGAAAAGAAGAAACAAAAAGGAUGAAAUCGUCUUGGAGUAUGAUUCUUCAUCAGAAAAGUGGGUUGAAGCUGAUUUAUCAGUAUAGAAGUAUAUGCUGCAGAGGAUCAAGCACAUUGUAAAAAAUACAAACAAGAAUGAUGUAGAACGUAUGACAAACCUAAGAAGCAAUAGAAAUAAUAACAAUACAAUCUCAAUCUAUGGUUUCAGGAUUGACAACGAUAAACUGAUGAAAAUAAAAAAUCUUCUAGAGUAAUAUUAAUUUACAUCAUUCAAAAUGGAUUAUGCAAUUUAUAAUAAGGCAAGAGAUAUCAGCGAAAAUCUCGUUCAUGUUUUCCACUACCUUAAGGAUAAUCAAAUUAUUGAGGAUAUUCUUAAAGAUUAAUAUCCUCCAAUCUAGUAUAACGUUUAUUAUGACAAAAAUUUUUUACAGAUCAAAGUUAAUAUCACAUUAUCAUAGUAUAAAGACAUAAUAAACUAAGUUAAGUCGGCAGUAAAAAAUAUCCAAACAAAAAGAAUCAGAAUCUCUAACUAUUUUAUUGCUACUGAGACAAAGUUACACAAUGAUAAAACAAUAUAAAAGAUAUUAGAAGAUAAGUUUGAUAUUAAAAUGACAGAUACAGUUCAUAUUUUCGAAAUGAAUGAUCCUUAGCAAUCAAGAUUCUCUAAUAAUAGAAACUAUAAUCAAAUCAAUCAAAGAUUAGGUAAAAAAGGAUGGCGAUAUGACAAGAUUGAUGAAAAAUAGAAAAAGAUUUAUGAAAUGAAAGACUAUGAAAUUCAAUUAACCGGUCCUGAUUUAGAUUAGGCAGAAUAGUUCCUUAUUAAUAAACUAUCAUAAAUAGAUUGCCAAAAAAUCACUCUUAAUCAAACAAACAACAAAGCUGUAGAAACAAAAGCAAAAGAUUCGUUGCAAUAAGUGCAGUAAGAAUAUGGAGUUUUGAUUUGUUUUAAUUUUCCAACAAUAUACUCUGUUGGUAAAUAGACAAAGAAUAGACUGAAAGAUGCACUUAAAAAAUUCGUGGAUUUGGAGAUGGAAGACCAAAAGGCAAGAUAGAGAAAGACUAAAUAAAUUAUCAUGCAAGAUGCACCAAACUCAUUUUUAGUAAAGAUACUAGAUGAAAACAUAAGGAAAAUUUAACAAAUUGAAACUGAAUAUUGUGUAAGAGUUCAUUACAAUAAAAAUUGGUUCUAUAUAUCUGGUACCUAAUAAGAUUGCGAAAAAGCUGGAUAAGAUAUUUCAUUAAUUUAAUUACAACUUAGCUAAGACAUUAUUAAUAAGUAAAUCAGUAACAAAGAUCUACUAAAAGCUAUACAUAUGAAAGGAAUUUAAUAGUGUGAGAGUUAAUUUUAUGUUUAUAUCACCUCUGAGACAAUAGAAGAAUAAUAACAUAGAUAGAGGUCUCUAAUUAAUUAUGCUAAUAAAAGAGUUUUUUUAACAUCACUAACUGAAAACUAUCAAUGGUUUUAUGCUGUUAGACCUUAUGACGAUAAUUAUAAUUAAAGACCAAACAAAAAUGAAGAUUGGUUUCCUUUAGAUCCUGAUUAAAACAGAUAAAUUGAGGGUCAUUAUAAAGAAUGUUGCAGCAAAAAUGUAUUUAGCCAAAAAUUAGAAAUAAUUGGAGAUCAAGAUAUGCAGAAAAACGGAUUCUAUUAUGAGGUAUGGGGAACAAGUCGUGAUCCAUCUUCAUGGUAUGAAAAAAAUACCUAAUACAAUAAUCCAAGAUAACUUCAUAGAAAAAAUGUUUAGGUAUAAGAAAAAUAAUCAUCAUACCUUAGUCCUAACAUGCUAUACUCUGACAGAAUGAAUUAAAACAACCAACAAAAUAACCCAAUUUAGAAAAAGGUUUGGUCUGUCAAAGGUAAGAGAUCAGAUGUUCAGGCAUUUGAAGAAGCGAUGAUGAAGUAUGUAAAUGACCCUACUAAUCAUUAAACUUUUAUCAACUUGAGACAUUAUGAUAAAUGCGCAGGAAAAAUAAACUCUGUGCUCUUUAACGAAUUGAAAUAAAUAGCAUAAAUAAAAUUCAAUACGUUAGCUAUUUUUGACGGAGAUGGAACUUAAAUUACACUCUAAGGUUUAAAAUGCAAAGAUGCCUAAGUAUUUAUUGAAAAAAUUCUCAAAUUUGCAAACGAAUAUAACGUUCCAGACCACUGGGAGUAAUUUGAUAAAAUGAUUGAUAGACAUCUCUUGGUUCUAGAUGUUUAACAAGGAACAAAUGCUUGGAAUAUGAUCUAAAAUCAAUUUAUGCAAACAAUGCCAAAUUCAUAAAUUCUUAAGAUUCAAAAAAUUUAAAAUAAGAAAUUAUGGAGAACAUUUACAAUACACCUAGAAGAUAUAACAGAUAAACACUAGGGAAAGUAAAAAAACUACUAAUUGAUGCUUUAUCAUGGUACAAGAAGUACUACGCCAGUUACCAUUUAUGACAGUGAAGAAGGAUUUAAUAUGCUUUAUAGCAGUGGUGGAAUGUGGGGCCAAGCUUGUUAUUUUGCUGAGAAGGCAAGUUAUAGUCAUGAUUAUAGACACACUGUUAGAGAUGGAACACUUUCCAGUUAAUAUUCAAGUUUUUUGGUAAAUUAAAAAGCAGCAAAUAUUAGUUAAACAUUCUAGAUGUUCUUUGCAAGAGUUACUGUAGGCGAAUUCAAAAAACUUGAUCCUAAUCGUAACAUCAAGAUGCCACCUCCAAUGGAAUGGAACCCUUAAUUGCUCUAUGAUAGUGUGUAGGGUGAAGCAAAUGGUUCUACGGUUUAUAUGAUCUAUUAGAAUAAGAAAGCAUAUCCAGAGUACCUAAUAACAUACAAAUGA